ACGAUAAUACUACUGUUUCUUUACAAGUUCAUUCGGGCUCUGCUCAGUCCUGAAAACGACGGGAAAUAUUUGAAAUAUUUAGGCCUUCCUACUCCUCUUUUUGGUGAAAUAUAGUGUGAUUCAUGGUUUUAUGAUUGGUCAACCUUUACACCAGGAGUGAGCAGUACCACUUGACUCUGAUGACCAUGGCAUUUUCUUUCAAGCAUGGUGCAGACAAAGGGGCUGCCAAGGCCAGUUUCCAGGAUAAAAUGAAGAGCUUGAGUGAUCAGGAGCGGAUGCUUUUACAAAAGAGACAGGAAAUUGAGAGGAAGAUGGCCCAGAAGAAGAAAGAAGCAGCGGCAGCAGCAGCCUCCCAAGCUGCCGCUGGAGCAAAAACAAAGACACCUCCUGGAGGGGCUACUUCAGCUUUAGCCCGAUUUAACCAAUCGCGGAAGACAGCGGUCACAUCAAAUACGAAUGCCACUCAAUCCAAACCACCAGCUGCUCCUAGUCCUACCCAAAAUACAUUCUCAAACGAUGGCAGCUUCAUGGCUCAGUUCAUGAAAAUGCAGCAAGAACAACAGAAGAAGAAAGCAGAAUCAAUGGCAGCGAUAAGUCAGCAGCCCCCUCCACCGCCUCCUCCUGCCACACACUCCGCGCCGCCAGCCCAGCAGAGCUUCUACCCACCGUUGGGUGCACAGAUGAGACACUUUGCAGAAGAGAAGGCAACACUGGAGAGUAUACCUUUGCCACCCACCCCGGAAGCAGUGCCCCAAACCAGCAAAGCCAAGUCACCCACCAGCCCUGUACCCCCAAACAGACCCAGCACUUCUGCAGUCCGGGCCAAGAUUAGAGAACAGCGGGAGAGGCAGAUAGCCAAUGUCUUUGGUGAUUCCAGCUCUGACGAGGAGGAUGAAGGACAGGGAGUGUCCGAAAAACAGGCUUCUGAUGUUGUCUCUCCGCCAGAGGACGUGGAUCUGAAGGAGCUGGUGGACCGUAUCGCCAGGCAGGUAGCUGAGGGAGGGGACGCAGUGGAGGCCGUUCUUCUGAGCACCUACCGGGACAUACCAAAAUAUAGGUUCAUGCAUGACAAGAGCAGCCCUGCCCAUGGAUACUACAAGACCAAACUAGCUGUGUUUCGUCUAGCAGCUAGGGCCUCCUCCCGUGUUGCACCACCAGCCCCGGCUCCUCCACCACCAUCAGCACCCAUGUCGGCAGCAUCUCCUAUGUCAGCAGCAGCAGCUGCGGCGGCAGCGGCUGCAGCGUCCAUCUCUCAGCAACUUGGGAUGCCAUCCUCCUCGGGGGCUGAGGCAGCGCCGGUGAGGAAGAAGAGAAGCCGAUGGGGUGAAACGCCGGAGGAUGCGCCACCCGUGAAGCAGCCAGCCCAAGGCCUGCUGAAGCCAGUCAAUCCUGUUGGUAUGAUAGGGACAUCAGAACUGAGUGAAGAUCAGCAGAGACAGCUCAAAGAACAACAAGAGAUGCAAAUGUUAUAUGAGAUGGUGAUCAAAACCCAGAAAAGAGAAGCAGAGCUGAUGAUGCAACAGAAAGGCAAAGAUCCGGCCAGGAAGUAUGAGUAUGACAGUGAUGAGGAUACAGAGGGAGGGACCUGGGAACACAAGGCAAGAGCGAAAGAAAUGGACGAAACACGAAAGAAAGCAGAGCUGUUAACGAGUAUAAACAGAGGGAAGCACUUCAUCGGUGACUUCUUGCCUCCGGAGGAACUUGAGAAGUUCAUGGAAACCUUGCACGCUCUCCAGGAAGGCCGGACACCAGACUACUCGGAAUACAAGGAAUUCAAGAUCCAAGCAGAUAACAUCGGUUUUCAGAUGCUGCAGAAGAUGGGUUGGAGUGAAGGAGAGGGUUUGGGCAAUGAGAAACAGGGUAUUACUGCACCUGUUAGGAGGGGAGAUCGCGUAGUUGAAGGAGUGGGUUUUGGCGUUGAGAGGCCAGAGAAACUCAACAGAGAUGAUGCCAGCGAUGAAUAUACAGCCUUUAGGAAAAGGAUGAUGCUUGCUUACCGCUUCAGACCUAAUCCACUGAAUAAUCCAAGGAGACCUUACUACUGAGCUUGUAAAUGGAGAGGUCCUUUGAAAAUUAUGAGAUCUUUUUUUCAUCAUACAAUUAUCACUUGAUCUUGGAUUUCCUGCUCUGAAAGUUCUUACUGAUGUAAUCUCCAGUUCUAUAUGCACUAAAAAGUAGCAUUAUGAAUAGAGGCACAUCAUCACGGUCUCUAUGGUCUAUGAAUAUCCAAUUAGCUGAACUUUUUAAAGUCUUGAUUAAAGCUGGUUUAACAGAAGCAGACCUAUGAAAACAGCUUAUUGUGUAAGUGAAAGUUACACUUAGGGAAUUAGACAUGGCUAUUCUCAAGUGUGUUUAUAUUUGUCCAGUGCUGCUGCAUUUUUUUACAACAAAUUAACCCUUACCUAGAAGUGGGGGGGGGUCAAUUUGACAACAUAUUUUGUCACUAUAUUUUUUUUAUCGCGCCACUCCUGGACUUUUUAUUUUAAGACUUGCGCAUCUUUUGAGACCAAAUUUGCGAACCCCAGGUACGCGAUUCCUAAAUUACGCCACAUUUCGUAAGUGCAUGUCAGACCCCAAAUUGCUCAAAAACGUGAUUCCGUGUACAAAGUCAAAGCAAAUUAUAUUU